AUGGCUUUUGUUAACUUUAAGACGAUUCAGCUAAGCAGAAAAGACUUGUUUAUCGAAGACGCGUUUAUUGAAGGCCAAUGGCUUGCGAAGGACAGAAAGUUUGACGUUGUCGAGCCCUCAACUAGUACGAGUUUGGGCCAGGUAGCCGACUGCGAUGUUAAAGAUUUUAAAAAGGCUAUAGAUAGCGCAAACAAAGCGCAGAUAGCAUUUUUCAACAACACUACAGGUACUUCAAGAGGGGCACUCUUGAGGAAAUGGUACGAUCUCAUUCUAGUCAAUCAAGAGGACAUCGCAACCAUCCUUAGUCUUGAAAACGGCAAGACGUACGGAGAAGCAAGGGGAGAAGUUGUGUAUGCUGCGAACUUCAUCUCCUGGUUUGCCGAAGAAGCCACCCGAGCUUAUGGUCAAUGA